AUUCAAGAUGGCGACUUACAUCUAUUGAUUUUGACAUGGAGCACCGAUGAAUGUUAAAACUGUUUUUCGUCAUAUAGGCUAGCGACAUUUCAUUUUCCGUUGAUGGUAUUGUAGUUUAAAAGUGUUACAAUGGAGCCCAGCGAAGAAAAUGUGCAAAUGCUCAUAAAUAUGGGAUUUGGAGACCUUACAGAUAUCAAGAAAGCGCUCCGCCUUGCACAGAACGACGUGAACGAAGCAGUGGCAAUUCUCACACAGGAACAACCGGGUUUGAGUUACGACACGGUGGAGGAGGAAACGAAGGAAGCGCCGCCACCGGGAACUCUCCGGCGGACAUACGGCCCGCAACACCGUCUUGCACCGGACCCGCCCCCUCCUUCAUAUGACGAAGCUGUAGAACCAGUGGAGGAUGAAGAUCCAAGUUCCAGCAGUGGGGAAGCAAGAGAGGAAGAAAGCAUGGAAGUCAACAAGGAGUUCUCUACAGGAAACCUCUAUGAACUAGAGGGAAGAGUCUUCACUGACCAGUGGUCUAUACCCUACAAGAAAGAGGAAUCGCUGGGCAAAUGUUUGAUUGCUGCCACCAGAUUUGCUAGUGAAGGUCGUAUGGAGAGCGAUGAGAACUGCAUGCGCUUUGUGAACCGGUGCAUGCCCGAAGCAUUCCGUAAGCUGUUGACAUCCAAGGCGGUCCACCGAUGGGGUGCUGAGAUCCAUGAGGGCAUAUAUAACAUGCUUCAGCUCCUUAUCGAGCUGGUGGCUGUCAGGCUGAAGCAUAAACCUGUCCCGCUGGAGCUUCUCGAAGUGCUUGCAAUGGCUUUCAAUCCAGAGACAGAGUUCCAUUAUAAGAACAGGGCCAAGAAAUGGGAUCAUAUAUUCUGGGAAGAGAAGUUUGGUGUGAACCACACGUUUGCUGUUAGUCCUCCCUUUGAGACGUACAAGGACCCAUGUGGAUGGCUUGUUAAUCUUAUCAAUGCUUUUGCCCACCAUGGAGGAAUGGAUCAAAUCCGGGAUAGAGUUUUGGAAUCUAUCGAUGAUGUCGACCCAACGACUUUAUCUGUAUUGAUGCAGCCGCUGGGAUACUGUGGAGAGUACCUGAACCCUCUGAAGUUUGGCCCGUUCAUGGCCCUGGUAGAGAAACAGGUCCUCAAGUACGUCCAAGACCUCAAGGAACAUGAACUCAAGAGAAAGAAAACUGGUAGCAUCUCUGAGCUGUUGACGACGAUGAAGUCUCUUUGCCUUUACUUCUGGGUAGAUGAUGCGAAGAAGGUAGAUGAUCUGAGGAUGAGUGUGGCUCUACGGAUGCUCAACUCUCCUCACUUCAAUGCAAAGAUGAAUAGUCUCAAAGAGAUUACCAAGAUGAUCGAGGACACAAGCAUAUCCAGCAGAAAUCGGAAUGCUAUUGAAGAAGAGGUCAUCCUAGACUGGCUUGUAGAUAAUAAAGUACUAUCAAUAGCUCUUGAAGGUAAUAUAGACCAGUCCCAGUAUGCUGAUAAGCUGAAAGGCAUUGUUGAGUUUCUUGGACCAAAGCUCUCCAUCGAAGAUCUCACUAAGAUAUGGAAGAUGCAGAAUGACCAACCACUGACCGUAGUGGACAAUAUCCAUUCCAUCAUGGCUGCUGCAGCAGUUAAGUUCAGUAGCGAGCAGCUUGAACAUCUCUUCCAUCUCAUUCAAAAGGCCUGGAAGUAUGAAAACGAGCGUGUCCAGGAGAAGCUUCUGAGUCUGAUCGGGAGGAUAGGUCGAGAUGCCAGGAGUCCUAAGACCACCUGUAAGGUCCUGGAACUACUCUGGGACCUGGCCCACUUACCGGCCAUCCCCAAGAACCACAUGGAGCAUGCCCUAGAGGAACAUCUCUUCAUCCUCAGUGACUCCCUAGCCGUUGGAAUGCAGAUCAAGAAUAAAUAUGUUGCCAAAUGUGUUGACGACAUCAAGAGGUCACAAUUUGUCGUCCCAGCCAUGAGGCAAAUUCACCAGAUAGCUAAAGGCAUUACCAAACAGAGUUACAGCAAAAGUGAUAAGAGUUUACCCCAGGAGCUGAACAAGACCUAUGACAUCAUCAAACUGACAACGCAGAGUCUAAUGAAGUGUCACAAGAUGGCCAUCAAUGCUGCGGGUCAGGACGGCCUAUCGGGAAAUACGGUAGUGGAUGGAAAAUACACACAUUGUGAGCAUGUGGAGAUCCAUCUGAAGUUCCUUGCGUUCAUUCUCCAAGAGGGCGCCCUCUAUCUUCACUGGCAUCGUGCAAGGGAGAUCUGGGAUACGUUAGUAGCCAACCCAGAGGCUUGUGAGGCAGAUCGUGAGACGUGUUAUGAGUGGUUCCGUCAUGGUUUAGCAGAUCUGGAGACCGAGACUCAGAUGCAGCUUUUCAAAGACAAGCUCCUAAGAUUAGAAUCCACCCACCUAUCACCCAUCGGUUUUGAUUGCGUACGAGCGUUCUUUGAAUCUAUCAACACAAAUAAUCAUAGUCUACGCAAGGGAGCUACCGGAUUGAUUGUUGAGAAACUGGAUCUGUUUGGUCUUGAUUUCAUGUGGAAGAUGGUUCUAGAGUCUACCAAUGAAUCUAUCGCUGAGAUGGCUAUUAGGCAGAUCAUGAGCAUGUCUUAUACCAAUCUCUCCCAAAGACUUAAAAAGGAUGUACUGGACCUACACAAGCAUUUCAUCUCAGAAUGUUAUAAGCGUCUGGAGCUAGCUUACAUGGCAGUCAAAGGCACGGCCAUGGCGGAGGCUGUUGCCAUGGCAACUAAGACAUUGACAGCAGCGACGGUCCCCGAGGCAGCCAUUGUACCCUGCCCUUCAAGGGCGGGCAAGCUGCUGGAAAUAGAGAGGCUUCUGCAGUUAGCGGAGACCUACGUAGUCACUGUCGAGGAUCAAUUCACAUCACCACGCACAAUACUUCCACACGGAGCGUCUUUCCAGGGUCAUACUAUAACGAUGCAUGCGACCUGUACCGACUCACAUCGGAGUGAGUUCGUUAUAGUGGGUCACAGUAAUGAAACAUUACAGAGUGUAAGACACAAGAUAGCACAGCGCCUCAAGACAACACUAGAUAAUGUUCAGAUCAUGGCCAAUGAUCGUCUAAUGCUGACCACCAAAGAUCAGAAGUUAUUAUCAGAGCUGGAGUUUGAUGAGGAGCAAGAUCUCAACAUCAAGCUUCAUGGACCGGUCAGUUCAACAGUCAGCAGUAGUGCCCGCAUUGAUGAGAACAUGUCAAGCUUUGGCCAGCAAUCUGAACUGGAACGUUCAUUACCUGGUGUUGUCAUGGCAACAGGGGGUCAAGUUUUUGACAUGCUUUACCAGCUUGCUGACUUGGAUGAACCAAGGAUAACAGAACGAGUUCGCAAACUUCUUAUGAUGAUUCCCACUGAUCCGUCAAUUCCAGAAUCACUAGAUUCUAUAUGUAGGCAGACCGCUGAUAGCGUUACUAGUCUAGGAGGAGAAACAUCAGGUUCUGAAAGCAAUAAGGAUUCUUCUAGGGCUACUCUGGAAGGCCUCUUCAGGGCUAAUAGUACACAUGGCAUGUCAGCAUUCAGAGUUCUCUAUAAUCUGGAGGUUCUGAGCAGCAAGCUGAUGCCUUCGAUGCAGGAAGACAUUGGUACCCAGACCAGUGCCCAGAACUUCAGAGAGAGCUUCCUCAAUGCGGGAGGUCUAAGUCUAGUCAUCAAUGCCUUGCAGAAAGAUUCCAUUCCACAGGACGUUGAUGAUGAUACCCGGAGAGGGUGUUAUUCUAUAUGUCUCCAGCUGGCAAGGUUUCUACUAUGUGGGCAAACCACCACCGAUCUGAAGGAGAGCGAUCUCUCCCUCAAUGACAGCAGUGUCUUUGAGACCUCUGGAGUGGAUUCCUCUACUGUCUUCUCAUCCAGCUACGGUAGCUCACCCCGUAAGAUGAGUCUGGUGGAGAGGAUGUCCAGUGUGGAGGCCAGUGGCGACCUUGCCAACAGGGAGGGGACCUCAGUUGCAAUAACAGUCAUUCAGACCAUGAAUGCCAAUGACUUCACAUCAAUGAUAGCAUGCCUUAUGAGGGUAACCUGGGCGGCUGCUGCUGGUCAUCUAAGGUUAGCCAGUGGUAGUCAACCAAUCAAGGAGGUAGCUGGUGGAGGCUUUGCUAUGGGAAUCGGUAGGAGAAGUAGACACAGCAGUGCAGGGAGUACAAAUAGUUCAUCGAGUCAUGAUAGCGAGUCGCAGGCAUUACACGCGGGGAUCUGUCUCAAUACUGUUGCAGUCAGCGCGAAGGACGCUGACAUAGCAAGGGAAGCUCUAGAACUCCUUGUAGCAUGUCUGCAGCUUAGGACACAUAACUUAGGUGCCUUCUACAAUCUACCUGGAGUGAAUGACUUCAUCAUCGACAUCCUCCUUUCCUCCCCACACCCUGAGGUUAGGGGCGCGGCCCUAGAACAGUUCUACACCCUCACCUCCACCAGUAUCAGCAACGAGAGCGUGCGGAUCCUGCACCCCAGGGACUUCAUGCUUCAGGUCUUGCUCCAGGCUAGGGUGCCUCUCUGGACCUCCAGUUCACUGGUUAGAGGAGCUAAUCAAAGAAUCUUGAACCAGUCUGCACAGUACUUUGAAUUGAGAUGCCGUCUUCUAGAGGGGUUAAGAAUGAAUGAACAGAAAUUCUUGAAGGUCAACAUUGUAUCCAUGUUGGGUGACGAGAUCGACUGGUUACAUAACUUUGAGCCAGGAGACUCCGAAGACAUGAAUCUAUCCAGUACAGACAACACCAUUGUAGCGGGUCACCUACAUCUGAUCAGGACGCUACUUACGUGUGAAGGGGUCGACAAGAGGAAAAUAGGUGAAAGACUACUAAACAGCUUGUUGAAUGAGUAUCUCUUCCCUGCAUCACGUCUCGUCAUGCAUCAAGGGGAUAACAGUGAGAAGGGAGACUCAAGACGGGAUUACAAUUCAAAUAUCCCCCACUCAGACUUGAGUGACGGUUUGAGGCAUGCAUACUUACACAAGAUAUCUGGUAAGGAAUCGCGUGUAGCAGCCUUUGAGUUACUGGUUGUGCUAUGCGAGGGUUGUCCGUACAAUCUACAGAGGAUCGCAACACAGCUUAUCAAUAUGCAUCAUCAGUUGGACCCUUCCAUUGCCAAAGAGUGGGAGUUCUUGCCACCCGUAGAAGGUAGGAUGACUAAGUAUGUUGGUCUGAAGAACGGAGGAGCUACCUGCUACAUGAACUCUGUUAUUCAACAACUAUACAUGACUCCAGGCAUCAGGGAGGGUAUCCUAGCUGGCCACACCCCUGAGAAGGAGAAGGGAGAGGACAGUAUCUUCUAUCAGAUGCAGAAUGUCUUUGGUCACCUCCUAGAGAGCAAGCUACAGUACUACGAGCCAGAGAGGUUUUGGAAGGUCUUCAAGUUCUGGGGGGAGCCGGUCAACAUCAGGGAGCAGCAAGAUGCCUUUGAUUUCUUCACCAUACUCACUGAUCAGCUGGAUGAGUACCUCAAGCAAUCUGGUCAGAAAGAAGUGAUGAAACAGAAGUUCCAGGGUCUGUAUCUCAACCAAAUGAUCUGUCAAGACUGCCCUCACAGGAAGGAGAGAGAAGAGGAAUUCUUUGCUCUGAAUCUGACGGUCAAAUCCAACAAUCUCAACGAUUCUUUAGAGCAGUUUGUCAGGGGUGAGAUGCUGGAAGGGGAGAAUGCCUAUCUAUGUGAAGAGUGCAAUGAAAAGAGGAAUACUAUAAAGAGGACAUGCAUAAAGACACUGCCACCUGUAUUGGUAAUACAGCUCAAGAGGUUUGGAUAUGACUGGGAGGCCGGGAGAGCUCUCAAGUGUGAUGACUACUUCAAGUUUCCAUGGGUGUUGGACAUGGAGCCGUUCACAUCCAAGGGUAUGGCACGUAGAGAGCAGCAGCAGCAAGCUGAUGAUCCACCCAGUCCUAUGAACUAUCAGAGGAAUGUCUCCUCCCAGAGUUCUACUGAUGAUCUCUACCAAUUGGUGGGUGUGGUCGUUCACAGCGGGCAAGCCAAUGCCGGCCAUUACUACUCCUUUAUAAAGGAUAGGGCAGGUACAUCCAUCACUAACAUCAGCAAGGGAAAGUGGUUCCGCUUCAACGACACGCAGGUUGAAGAGUUCAUCAUGUCAGAUGCUGCCCUCGAGGCUGAGUGCUUCGGAGGCUCCUUUAGGUCCAAGUCCAAUGAGACAACAGGUUCAUAUGGACCAGAGAAUCGAUUGAGGACGUGGAGUGGGUACAUGCUGUUCUAUGAGAAGAUGGAAGGUAUGAGAAGUCCAGACCCAAUGGCUAGAAUAGGACGCAAGGGAUAUCAUCAUGGUGAUAUUCAUGGGAGUAUGGAUGGCCUCAGUUCACCUGAACUCUCCCCAACGGGCGACAGGAUGAGUGAGCUCUCUGCUCUGGUCCACAAGGGCGAGAAGAGAGGAUUCUUCAUGGAUAAAAUGCCCGCAGCCAUCCAGAGACUGAUAGAGGAUGAGAACCUACAGUUCUUGAGGAACAGGGCGGUCUAUAACCAAGAGUACUUCAGCUUUGUCCGAAAACUGGCAUCCUGCAGUCUGCAUAUGACAUACCAUCCAGCCUACAGCAUGAUGGCCCUACAGAGCAUCAAACUUGCCAUGCACUUUGUUCUCAAUACUCUCUUCAGAACGAAGAAGAAGCUACGGUAUGAUCUUGAGGAUUGGAGAGACCUGAUUGAUAGCAUCGUCAGGGACAGUCCUGAAGCAUGUGAGUGGGCUCUGGAGCUCUUGGCGUCAUCGCAAGGCAGAGACUACCUCAGGGCAUUCCUCCUAGAGUGUCCAAACCAAGAGGUCCGUAUGGCAAUGGCUAAGAUGGUCAAGAGCGUGAUGCAGUGUUUUGUCCAGCGGAGCCAUGACACCCACCAAGUCCACCUCGACACCAUCCUGGAGCAUCUACUGUCCCUCCUGGACAAGGAGGUCCUGGAGCACUGCAGGAGCUGUGUUGAGUACUUUUGGCUGCUCAGCAUGUACCUCGAGCUUGGAUCUGACACGUGUGAACAUUUAUUCAGAAGGAAAGCUUUCCAUAGACUCAUCACAUUCCUGAUAGGACCUCCCUCGGAGCUCAACGACAUGGACAUUCAGACCAGACGAUGGACAUCACUCCAAACCAGAGAAUUUGGAUUCCUUCAUACCAUGCUUGCUGCUAUGGUCCUACACACAGAUGUAUCUCCACAUUGGUCUGUUGACCUUGGUACCAAGCCAAAGAGAAGACCAAUCUUGAUCUUGGAGAACCUGAACAGAUUCUUACCCAUCCCAGAAGAUAUGAGACAUAUAUUAUUUGGUCCACCUUGCCUUAAAUAUAUUAAGGAGUCUGUGUUAGCUUUCCGUGAAGUCCAUUCCUCAACCACACCAAUCCUUGAUAUGUUACUACACUGUAGCUUCUGCAACCAAGGAUUCACAUUGAAUGUCAUGAUGAUCAUACAUAGUCAAGUAUCAUCUGCACCGUCUAAUGAACUGAAGGCUAUCUUUGUACUGUUGCUAGAGCUGUUACUACUUGAUGAUCCUCUACAGUUAGGAAGAUUAAAACUGGCCAUGGAAGGCAAUGACAACAAUGGCUUAUUCAGUAUCAUCAGGAACUGUACAGGCAACGACAGUCGUCGGUCCUACCAGUGCAUCAAGUUCUUGGUUCAUUUAUCCAACAAGUCACCACUUGCCAAAGAAUACCUGACGUCGGUCUCCCAGAAGUGGCAUUGGGCCGUCAACUGGCUCAAGAAGAAGAUGACAGAGCACUACUGGAACCCACAGAGUUCCAUCUCCAACGAGUCAUCAACCAGCAAGGGUUUCCAACGCACCAUGAGUGCUCAGGACACCCUGGCAGAGGCUACCGCCCUCCUGACGGAACUCACCACCCAAGACGAAGAUGAGGACGACGAUGCUAUCACCAAGGAAGAGGGUGAGGGAGACGAGACUACAGAGGGCACCGUCACGCCAAGGAUGGAGGUCAACGGGUCGUCGGAAGGGUCUGAGGUUAACGGAAACAGCGGGGAGAAGUCGACGGAAAAGAUAAGUGGAAUAGAUGAUGUGGAUGGGUAACUUGAUGACAAGACCUGAAAAAGGUUGCUGGUAACAGAUUUGCUUUGGGAACCUUGCUGAUCCUGCGUUAAAUCCUUUGGAUUCAAAUUAGUGAGGACUCUCCGGAUUGAGACAUUGACCCAAGUAUCAGAUAAAAAGGAAUUAUGCCAUAGGAAAUUGAUUGGGAUCAAGAAUAUGGACAUUACCUACUUCUACAACUAUGAUCUGAUUCAAGGAGUGUCCUAGCAAGGGGGCCAUCUGGGACCGGAAAGCAGGUUCUGAGAGGUUAAUCUUGAUGUUGCACACCAUACACAGGUUGAUUCCUUGGAAGGAACAUUGCAGAAUAAGGACAGUGUCUUGGUAUCCAACAGCAGUCACUUGGUUUGAUUUGAAUUAUGGGUUCAAUGAGGGAUAUCGCAACGGGCUGUCCUGGAGGGAAAGGAGGUUCUGGAUGAUUAACCCAGGUGACAUGCUCCACAUAUUGAAUGAGUCCUCGGAAGGAACAUUGAAGAGGAAGAAACCUUGCCUUUGAUCCUUGAAGCAGUCUUUGUUUCACACCUGCUGGUCAAAAGCCCCAGAACUCAGCACAAUUGAAUGAAUCAAGAAUUGUUUGAACUAUUCUGAAGGGAUUGUUAUGCUCCAUGUUGUGGUACCAGAAUGGAAGUUGGAUUACUCAAAGCAAUUGAUAUGAUUUGCGACAUGGCGACCUUGAGCGAAUUCAGCGGGAUGAGGCCUUAACAGAUCUUAUACGGAGCUUGGUGAUCAUUGCUGUUUGAGCUAUUGUUGAUGGUUCUGAACCAAGGCUCUAUCUUGAACGCAGGAUGCCAUCUUGUAUCUACUCCUUCAGAAGCAUGACUUGGGCUAAGAUGAUGAAUCAAUCUAAUCUGACCCAAGUUCUUGCAGGUCUUUCUUCAACCUCAUUAUGAGAGAAAGGAUGAUAACCCUAUGAUGACUAUGUUUUCAUUGCCAUGGUAUUGGUAACCAUAGAGUUUCUACUUGAACUUCACAGAUGAUUUUGGAGUUGCCAUGGUUUAGAGAUGAAUACCCAACCAUAAUUUAUUGAACAUACAAAGUGUGUUAUUAAGAUUAUAUUUAUCAAGGACAGAUUUUUUUGAAUGAUGUAUGAGUGUUAUCAAAUCAAUUUCUUCAGAAAUCCAUGUACUUAAUCUUCAUGUUGCUAAGACCUAGCUCGGACUACAUAUGUACAAAUAUUAUUAGCAACCAAAGCAAUAUGUUUCAUGUGAAUGAUUAAGCACAACAGUUGAGCCUUUCUGGUAUACAGUUUUGGUACAUUUUGCAUUCUGGAUGCAAUAUUUAUUAGACUGGUUUGAAGUGACCUUCAUUGAUCGCUAUUAACCUAUCCAUGACCUCCACUGACCUUUCCAUGACCUUUCAGCAAGUUCAGGGUAGUUUGAUGUAGUCAAUGUUAAUUCUGAUUUAUCAUAUAUCUCUUUUGGAAAUAUUUAAUCUCCAAUUUUGAAUGUAUGUUAUCUGCCCCUCUGUGGAAUUUGUAUCCACCAUUGUUACUAAUAACAGGUGGCUGUUUCAUGGAGCUGUUUGUAACUUACGAGCACCAUUACCGUCGAUUGGAGACCCUUUCUGAGGAACUAAAUCAGCAAUGAUAUAAAUCUAUUGUGUAUCUACUGUAAGAAAGGAUCACCAGUCGUUGGUAAAGUCGCUCAUAACUUACGAACAGCUUUAUGAAAUACCCACCAGGAAUGGUAUUACCAUAAGAGGUAAAUUCAAUUGAAUGGUAACUUUCUAUCAAAUUCAUGAUAAAUUUUGUAAUGAUAUAAUUGGUAGAAUAUUUGUGACUCAGCUGCCAUUUCAUAUUCAUGACUUCAGGGACGUCACAGGCUCGUCUUCAUAUAGCACCAAAUGUAUUUUUGUCUUUUUAAUGAAAUUACAUUACACAUAUUGAUAUGAAGUUUCUUGAACACAAGUUUCUCUAUGUUAUGAAUAUGGGAGUAUAAGUUUGGUCAUGGAAACAUAACAAAAUUGUAAGGAUGAUCUUAUAUUAGGCCGUGGUUGAUAUCUUUCAUUACCAAACUGGUUUUGAAGUGCAUUUGUAUUCAUCGGUGUACAUACCAACAAGUGCCAAUUUGAGAGAGAAAAAAAAUGAUGCAACUUUGACAGUUUCAACUUUUUCAUGUUUUGACAUCUGCCAUGUUUUUGCUUGAUGUAUAGAGAAGUUUCUACUGUAAUUAGUGCCUCAAUCGACAUCUGUCCAAAUUAUAUAUUUCAAUUCAAUUCAAUUCAAUUUAAUUGCAUAACAGGUCACAACUAGAAAUGUACACUUGCAUGUGAAAAUAAGCCAGCUCUUUGACAUGAAACUUUGCUGUAUACUUCAUUUGGAAUAAAGCUUACUUGUGCUUUUUGCCAGUGCCGAAAUGAUGGAUUUUUAAUUAGUGCUUUUAGUUGAACCUAAAUGUGGAAAUUAACAUUUUCUAGCAACUACUGUAUACUGAACUCUGAAGAAGACUAAAUGAAUUCCAGCUAAACUUCAACUAAUGCUAAUACUGAUAAAGUGAGUACCGGUAUAAUUCCUAUCUGUGAGACUGCACAGAAACUCUAAUGACCCAAGAUAUUCUAUACACUGAAAUAUUAAAUGAACAGUUGUAUAGUCUGGAUUCUUCAUGAUAGUAAAGAUUAAAGAGAUAUCCGAAGUGCAUCUGUUUUUUGUGUGAAUUUUGAAUACAUGUUCAGUAUUCAUGCUCUGUCAUGAAAAAUUGCAUUGUUGUACUCUUCUCUCUAAUCAUCUUUGUUAUUGAUCUAUUCCUAUUCCAAUUAUUAUCUUUCUAGAUUCUUCAUUUGAUUUUUAUCACACUAUCACUACUGCUAAUCUCUUUUCCUCUCCUUACCCUCUUCUAUUUAUCUGCUUUAUUCUUCCAAUUUUAAUUUUCUUUUGAUUAUAAUCAGCUGAUUUUUAAGAGUAUUUAUUGUACUUCCAAAGAAGCAGGACUAUUUAAGGUCAACAGUUUUAUUUUUGUAUGUGAGAAUUCAGUCUAGAGUUUGAAUCGGAAGCAAGAGAACGAAGUCCGCAUUGUAGCAAUAUAUAUAUAUUUUAUUUCUUGGGGUGUACUGUCACAGCGAGUACUUGACUAUUUAAGUUUAUCGUACUUUUUAUAUUAUGCAAUUUUCAUUUUAUUUUUAUAUUAAAGCAUUGGUAUUAGAAUUGUUUUCAAAAAGCAUUGGAAGAAAGUGAGUUUAUUUAGAAGAAAUAGAUGAGACCCCCACCUUCCAAUUUUUUUUUUGGGGGGGUGUAGGGUAUGACACUUAAUAAUAUGAGGAAUGGCAGAGACUUGUUGUCACCUGCAGUACUGUGAAACUGGACCGAUACAACCACCUACAAUUGCUAUGUAAAAAACUCAUGAAAUCUUUGUGCGCUGGGCAAUGAACCCCUUGAUAUGUGCUGAAUUAUUUUUAGAGAGGGAUCAGGAGCUGUAAACAAAAUGGACUUGCUCAAUUCAACUCACUAUAACUUUUCACUUCAACAUUUUGAGGGGAAAUGUUUCACAGUGAAGUUGUAGAGAAUUUCACAAGCUUUCUGACUAUAUAACAUUUUUUUGGGGGAAAAUAAUGAUAACAAAUUUGGUAAAUAAUGCCUCAUUUCAUACACAAAUAUGGCAUUGUUAUGGUAAAGAUAAAUACAAUGGAUUGUUUGUUUGAGCGUGAAUUGUGAAGUUCGCUUGGCACCGAGUGUGCAUUGGUGCAAAGUAUGCAUGAAAAGAGUUAAUCAGAAGAUACAACCUAUAUAAAUGAUUAUUUAUUUCUGGCAUCAGGAGUAAAGAUUAUCUUAAUUAAUAUUUUUUAUGAUAUUUAAUAUAUUUUCCACAUUUUGGAACUUUUUUCAUUUUAUCAGUUUUGUUUAAAAAAAAUUAUUUAUGCAACAGAGAUAAGAUCUCUGAUAUUCAAGAUUGUCUGUUAUUUUAUGUUAUGAAUGAUGGGGAUCUAGGACCUGCCAAUAGCUCAUAUUCAUGUCACAGUUAUUUAUUGAACAAGAAAAUGGAGUGAGUUCAGAUUAAUAUGGUUUAAGAAUAGUGGUUUCAAAAUUAAUAUUUACAUGUUUUUACCACAUUUGAUAUGAUUUUAUAUUUACAAGUACAUUUAAAUUUAUAAUUUCAACAUUUCUUAAUCUUUUUAAAAUACCCAAUCAUUUGUAUUCUUUGUGCUGGAGAAUUCAAUAUGUGAGAGCAUAAUGUAAUAAUUAGUUGAUGGACAAUUAUGUUUACCAGUCUUACAUAGUCUUAAAGAUUCAUUUGUUUUUUUCAAUGUUUAUUUUGAGUUGCUUCCAUAGAGUUUUUUAAUAAAAUAUUGCAAAAUCAAAGUGAAAAAUACUUUACUUGAUCUUGUAUUCGAGUAAGAGGUAACCGAAUAAUUCACAUGCAAUACAAUGAGACAAUAACACUAUGCUAACCAUCGAAGCCUGGGGCUGUUAUGUUUGCAAGAUAUAUUGAAUUAAUUUCUCUGUUUUAAUGUGCAACAAUGAAUUGACUUUUUUGAUGUGUAUGCUGUUAAUGUACUUCACUGUUGUCUAUAUGCGAACAAUGAAAUAGAUGGAUGGAUGUUUUUUAAAGUAUGGAUUACGAUUGUCUAAACAAACGAGUACUGUGUAUGUAUCUAGAAUAUACUCAGGUAGCUCAAUAUGUAGCAUAAGAUGGAGAUAGAUAGAGCUGUUGUUUAUAUAUGAAGGAAAAAUAAGAUUUCUAUGAAAUACCGAAAAGCAUUUCACAUGCAUUUCCUCCUUUUUUUAUUUGCAGAAUUUUAUAGAGUGAAAUGAAUAAAAAAGAGGUUACUACUUUGGCAAUCAAAAGUGAUGGAUGUACAGUUUAUUUGGAUGAAAUGUAAAGAUUAAAUGAUGUUGUGCUGAUAAGAGUAUAACAAGAAUAAAUACUAUUUCACUUUGAAUAAAAUAAUU